GUCAGUAACUUGUGGCAGAUCAAUCGGACAGUUCUGAACACUUUUGAAAAUCUGAGAUCAGACAGCACUGAACAGAGGAAUGGGUAAAAGUAGUAUCUGGAGUUUAUUACUUGUAGUUACUAUUCAUGGAGUUUGGAGUGAGAUCAGACUGGAGCAGUCUCCCUCUGAGGUGAAAAGACCUGGAGAGACAGUGAAGAUGUCAUGUAUCAUAUCUGGGUUUGACAUGACGAGCUACAAUAUCCACUGGAUCCGACAGAAACCAGGGAGAGCUCUGGAGUGGAUUGGGUGGAUGAAUACUGGCAACAAUGAUGCUAGCUAUGCAAGCUCCUUUCAAAGUCGCUUCAGUAUGACAGAAGAUGUGCCCAGCAGCACUCAGUUCCUCCAGAUCCAGACACUGACAGCAGCAGAUUCUGCUGUUUACUUCAAUCAUUGUGACUACUACGCCUACUUUGACUACUGGGGGAAAGGAACGAUGGUGACCGUCACAACAGCCACUUCAUCCAAACCAACCGUGUUUCCUCUGAUGCAAUGCGGGUCUCAGACUGGAAACACCGUCACUCUUGGCUGCCUUGCCACCGGCUUCUCGCCCUCCUCGGUGACCUACGCGUGGAGCAAAGCUGGAACUGCCUUUACGGACUUCAUCCAGUAUCCUCCAGUAGAGAAGAGUGGUGUUUAUACAGGAAUCAGUCAAAUCAAAGUGAACAAGGAGGACUUGGACGCAAAGCAGCCCUUUAAAUGCAUCGCAUCAAACAUAGCAGGAAACGGAGAGGGGACUUUCAUCGUGACAACGCCGAUUUAUAAGGAGCCAACUCUUAAAGUGUUUUCCUCAUAUGAUGGGGGAGAGGAGGUUUCCUUCUCAUGCUUUGCCAAAGAUUUUGCACCAAAGCAGUACGAGUUCAAAUGGCUGAAAAACGAUGGGGUAAUCCCCCACGACACAUAUGUGGACCAAACUCCUGCCAAAGAAAAAAAGACAGAGAAUGGAACUCUGUACAGUGCAGCAAGUUUCCUCACAGUACCAGCCAGCGAGUGGACUCAAGACACCAAGUAUGUAUGCGAGUUUAAGGGGAAAGGUUUGAAAGGUCCAGUGUACAAGAAUGCUUCUGUGAGCAACGAUAUGAACGAUGGGAGCAACGGGGGAACUGGUAUUACAUGUGAGUAAAUGAUGCACUUUGAGUAAAUUGUGUUCAGAUUCCUUUUUUGUUUCCAUUGGUUUUCAGCCAUUUCUAUUCAGUAAUUCUCCCUUAUGUCUCACUCUAAAGGUCCCGGAUGUUCUGUGGUAGAUGUGGAUAUAAAUAUCAAAGGCCCUUCAAUGGAUGACUUGUUUUCAAAAGGAAAAGGAACAAU